UGGAAUCCACCAGCCGCUCCUUGGAAACCCUAUGGGGCAGCUCUACUCUGUCCUACAGGGUUGCUAAUAGUUGGAAUCGACUCAUCGGCAACGGGUUUGGGUUUUUUUUUUUUUAAAUAAAUAUAAAACCUUGACUAGUAAAAAGUCACGUGGCAACUUUAAUACUGGUUAGGCAAGAAUGUUUUAAUUUAUGCCUUGGGAACCACUGGGUACCAUUUUCAUAGUCUUAAGAUAACAACGGAGGUCUUUAAAGGUAAGAAGAGUGUCUGAUUAGGUCUCAAAAACACCAACAGCACCCAGCAGCGUGCCUUAAUACACUAUGGGCACCCACCAAAAUCUGCUCAAUGAGCUGGGGAACAAGAAGCAUUACAACAAAGUGGUAGCUGAAGGAGCUAUUCCCUGACAUCUAAUCCUUAAACAAAUGCCAACACACUAUAAUUUAAUCUUGAAUUAAAGAAAUUAAGAAAGUUACUUCUGGCAUAGUUUGUUAAUACCAAUAGGUAUUCAAUUCUUACUUUAGAUACUUUUUUAUACUAUCGACUUUCCAAAGUAGAUUAAUAUUCAUUCUUCUUACUUUUUCCCUUCCUUGAUGUGCUUUUCUAAAGACGUCGUUGUACAGUCUCAUUUCAAAAUGAAGGCUUUUAUCUGGAUCUUAGGUGUGCUCUUGUUACUAAUGAGCACUGAACAUUGCAAAGGACAGUCCAAAAUAAAAAAACCAACCCAGAGGAGAUACCCUCGUGCUGCAGAUGGUAAAGAAGAAACAAAGAAAUGUGCAUACACAUUCCUGGUACCUGAACAAAAAAUAACAGGGCCAAUUUGUGUCAACACCAAAGGGCAAGAUGCAGGUACCAUUAAAGACAUGAUCACCAAGAUGGACCUUGAAAACCUGAAGGACGUGCUCUCCAGGCAGAAGCGGGAGAUAGAUGUCCUGCAACUGGUAGUGGAUGUAGAUGGAAACAUUGUGAAUGAGGUAAAGCUGCUGAGAAAAGAAAGCCGUAACAUGAACUCGCGUGUUACUCAACUCUAUAUGCAACUAUUACAUGAGAUUAUUCGUAAGAGGGAUAAUUCACUUGAACUUUCCCAGCUGGAAAACAAAAUCCUCAAUGUUACCACAGAAAUGUUGAAGAUGGCCACAAGGUACAGGGAACUAGAGGUGAAAUACGCUUCCUUGACUGAUCUUGUCAAUAACCAGUCUGUGAUGAUCACUUUGUUGGAGGAACAGUGCUUGAGGAUAUUUUCCCGACAAGACACCCAUGUAUCUCCUCCUCUUGUCCAGGUGGUGCCACAACAUAUUCCUAACAGCCAUCAGUAUACUCCUGGUCUGCUGGCAGGUAAUGAGAUACAGAGAGAUCCAGGUUAUCCCAGAGAUUUAAUGCCACCACCUGAUCUGGCAACUUCUCCCACCAAAAGCCCUUUCAAGAUACCACCAGUAACUUUCAUCAAUGAAGGACCAUUCAAAGACUGUCAGCGAGCGAAGGAAGCUGGGCAUUCAGUCAGUGGGAUUUAUGUGAUUCAGCCUGAAAACAGCAAGGAACCGGUGCAGUUAUGGUGCGAGAACAGUCUGGACCCUGGAGGUUGGACCGUUGUUCAGAAAAGAACAGACGGCUCUGUCAACUUCUUCAGAAAUUGGGAAAAUUAUAAGAAAGGGUUUGGAAAUAUUGACGGAGAAUAUUGGCUCGGACUAGAAAACAUCUAUAUGCUUAGCAAUCAAGAUAAUUAUAAGUUGCUGAUUGAAUUAGAAGACUGGAGUGAUAAAAAGGUCUAUGCAGAAUACAGAAGCUUUCGUCUGGAACCUGAAAGUGAAUUUUAUAGACUGCGCCUGGGAACUUACCAGGGAAAUGCAGGGGAUUCUAUGAUGUGGCACAACGGUAAACAAUUCACAACACUGGACAGAGAUAAAGAUAUGUAUGCAGGAAACUGCGCCCACUUUCAUAAAGGAGGGUGGUGGUACAAUGCCUGUGCACAUUCUAACCUCAACGGAGUAUGGUACAGAGGAGGCCAUUACAGAAGCAAACACCAAGAUGGAAUUUUCUGGGCUGAAUACAGGGGUGGGUCCUACUCCUUGAGAGCAGUUCGGAUGAUGAUCAAGCCUAUUGACUGAAAAGAGACAGUUUCCAAUUUAAAAUGACACAGAACUCUGUAUUUUCCAGUUCUUAAAAAUGUAAAUGUUAUAUGUAUAUUAUUUCACACAAUUUCUACAGAUACAAAUUUUAAAAUGAAUUUUACUAUAACUAUAAAAAGGGAUCUAUGAAUACUGCUUUGUCUUCCUCCUUCAAUAUACUGCAGGUGAUUAUUUCUACCCAUGUCCUAGUUAUUUCACAAAUUAUAUCGACUAAAUCAGGCAGUUUGCUCCUAAAAUGUAAAUAUUUGCCACAGUGUAAAACAAAUAUUAGCUUUAUUUUAAACCAAAAUUGAAAACAUGUUCUAGAUCCUUAACAAUUUAUUUAAAAACUUUACAAGAUUGCUUGAAUUUCCAAGGGAAAAAUAAUUUUAAGAUUUCAACCAAGCAGUACAUUUUAUUUAUAAAAAUAUAGACAGGAAAUUAGAGAGAAAACUCUAUAGUUUUGCCAAUAGAAAAUAUGUUUUGCAUGGAAUAAAAACUAUUUCAAAUCGAAUUUGUGCCUUUCACAUAAACCAGUGAAAUGUGAAUUCUUGGCAAUAAAUUCUAUGCUGAUAUUCUCAAGAGUUAAGUGACCCACUGCAUUAAACUAACACUUUUAAAAACAAACAAAAUGCAUAAAUAAUGCAUGCAUUAUUUAAAUGGUUAAUUUAUAAACAUAGAAAUACACAAAUGACUUUCUCAAUAUUCAUAUAAUUUGCUGAAGUCCCAAAUCUCCUGAAAUGUACUUUAUGUUAUAAAGUCAGGAAAAAUAAAAGUUUAGAAUACUUAGAAGGUCAAAGAUUUUACGAUCUGAUUUUUAAUUUUAAGCUUAUGUAUUAAUACUCUCCCCCCCACCCCGAUAUAUUGGUUCUUACUACAAAAGAAAAAAAAAAACAAACCUGCCUGGUAUUCAA